GCGAAGGCACGACACUCUAGUGUAACGCCUACUUCCUGAGUGUGUGAGUUGUGUUUGCAUAUUACAUGCGUGUGAGUAACACACACCACGGUGAGGUUGCGGGCGUUGUUUUUGCGGCAUAACGUCGCUCCGUGACUCACAGAGACCACCUCAGCGUCAUCCGCAGACGAUAGGAUACCACAAUUCCUGUCAGCCAGUCCAACACGUGAGCGAGGGGCGGAAGGCGGUGCCAGUUCGCUCAGGCUGUGUGUGACUUGCAGACGACGUUUUUUGUUUCCCGCGCUCCGGGUACCACCGAACCUUUUAUUACGGACAGCUACCCUCGGAUUUUGCUCAACUUCACAACUGACUCAACAAGUGGUGGAUAUCUAACUUGUUUUUGAGGGAAAAUCAAGCGACUGGGCUUGUUUUUAGGUCAGGCCUGACUCCCCAACGCAUCGACACGGUAUACCGACUGACGACAUUCUUGCAACAAAGGCUCUAUUGAUCGUGUGCUCGGGCUUUGCACUCCGCCACGCUGUUGAGUUGCAGAGCGGCGCAUCACCGGGUUCUACCGCGGCGACCUUGCACUCGGCAUUUCCAUUCUAAGGACAAAAGAAUCAGCAAGCCAAGAUGUCGGCAAGGCGCAGGGAGAGAAUACUAGCUCUGGGAACUCUGCUUCUUUGCUUACGGUACUCCGCUUCAGAAACCACCACUGCUGCUACACAAGAUACAACAAGAACGGCAAAUGGCGUCUCCAUGACAACGACCAAUGACGUCACGACACUCAAAACGACAGAGCAGGCCUCGUCAUCAGUUCCAACCACGGAUUCCUUGACGUCAGCAGCGGGGAAUAUGACGUCAGACACGACGAACACGACAAAUCAGAUGACGUCACCAAUGACUCCUGCAGACGUCCCCACAGCCGUCAUGACGACAACGCCGCUCCUGACCACCACCAUCCUGCUGACGACAAACGACACAGCGACGGCAGACGGCACGACACCAACGUCCAAUGCGAGUAUGGCAACCCCUGGGAACGAGACGGAUGCCAUGGUAACCACUGUUUCCAUGGUAACGACACCUAGUCCCAUGAACACGACACAUGAUAUGGUUAAUUCGACAGUCAAUGGCGGGGACAUGGCGUCUACCGUACAGCCUACUACAAAUGAUGCCACUACAUCAACGACAACCACAGAGAAACCGACCACAGCUACAAUGAUGGCCACAACGCCGAUGGUUACGUCAACCCCAGAAGUGAUGACAACACAACAAACGUCGAGUAAUCCCGUCAUGACGUCGACAGCAAUGGCUGACACGUCCACUGAAAUGAUGACGACAACGCUAAGGCAACGUCGAUAG